AUGUUGUUCAAUCAGAUGUUCCUUUUGUCACAAUUCUCGCAUUCCUAUGCCCGUUUCAUUACUCUUCCUGCAAAUGUUGGCAUUGUUAUGGCCAAACGAAUCGAAGCAAAUAAACGCUUGGCUCAAGAUCCGAAUGAUUGUGAAGCAAGACGUAUGUUACAAGAAUCUGAAGACCAGGUAUCAUAA